AGAAGAAGAGAGAAGCGGAAGUUGAUGCAAACCGGGGCGCCCUUCUUCAAAACACAGCUAUACGUGUUUCUGAAGUACAACUUUUGCCACAAUGCCUCUGUCAACCCAGUCACAAGCUGAAGAUGAACAAUACGUUUUAAUGGCCAGUUUGGAUAAUGCUCGCAAUCUGUCCAACAUAUUGAAAGCAAUCACAUUCAAAGACCAUGCCAUCUUCAACGCCACACCCAAUGGCCUGAAGGUCACUGUGGAGGACUCCAAAUGUCUGCAAGCCAAUGCCUUCAUCCAGGCUGAGAUCUUCCAAGAGUUCACCAUAAAGGAAGAUUCAGUGGGUUUUCAGGUCAACCUCACAGUUCUGCUGGACUGCCUCAAUAUCUUUGGAGGAAGCACAGUGCCAGGAGUAUCAACAGCCUUGCGGAUGUGCUACAGGGGGUACGGUUAUCCUCUGACCCUGUUCCUGGAAGAGGGUGGGGUAGUGACUGUGUGCAAGAUCAACACCCAGGAACCAGAAGAGCCAGUUGACUUUGAGUUCUGCAGCACCAAUGUCACAAACAAGGUGAUCCUGCAGUCAGAGAGUCUGAAGGAGGCCUUCUCUGAAUUGGACAUGACAAGUGAGGUGCUACAGAUCACCAUGUCCCCCAGCCAGCCAUACUUCAGGUUGUCUACGUUUGGGAACUCUGGGAAUGCCCAUUAUGAUUAUCCCAAAGACUCCGACAUGAUGGAGCUGUUCAAAUGCAACAAGACACAAACCAACAGGUACAAGAUGUCCCUGCUGAAGCCGUCCACCAAAGCCCUGGCUUUGUCCUGUAAAGUCUCUGUGAGGACAGACAGCAGGGGCUUCCUCUCUCUGCAGUACUUGGUCAGGAACGAUGACGGACAGAUCUGCUUUGUAGAAUAUUAUUGUUGUCCUGACGAGGAGGUGGAAGAGGAGUGAUCACAGUCAGUUAAAUUCUUCUUCAAAUAAGCACCUUGACUUUAGUGGUGGGCUGUUGCUUUGAGUGAGGAGGCAAAGUCUGCCAGACGAGGCAGUACUGACAGUGGGGUGCACACAGGAACUAAAUGGUGGACUUCAUGGAUAAUGGACAUGGUGGGAAAGUUCAUCACCAAACUGGUUCAUCAUUUGCCAACAGUUGCAUUUGAGCUGAGCAUUGCCACUGGAUUUGUGCAGAGAUAACGUACCUGGUCGUUACGUCAGUCUGUGUAGUUAGAGCACUAUGAUUAAGAGUACAUAAUUUCACAGACAGAUAUGGAAAAUUAUUGUAUCAACAGUUACUGUAUAAUGUGUUGUUUGUUACUAUGGAGACCCAGGUAUUUUGAGUAAGAAAUCCCUUGACAUGCCUGCAGCUACGUGAUUUGUAGUCCAAUGCAAACAGUGGUUGAGCUCAUCUUUCUGGACCUUUCUCUGCCUUUCUUCCUUCGACACAUGCAGUUAGCUGGUUGAAGGCCCAUAAAAAGACAUGACAUAUUUGGAUACAUUUUCCUACAGUUGUCUAGUGUAGUGUGUGUACAGAAAGUCUUCUCUACACACAGGUCUUAGAUUUGAUACUGAAUGUGUAUACUGACACCUUUGACAAACAUUUGUUGGGAGUAUAAAUUAGAUGGAGAUCGUAAGUUUACAUUGUUUUAUUUUCAUGACAUAGAAAACAACUGUAGUCAACUUAAUAAACACGUUUUUUUUACACUG